AUGGCCAUGGACCCAAGGCUCCGGCUGUGGCUUGUAAACACUAACAACAGCCUCUUCUCACAGGACAUCAAAGGCCAGUACUGGACUGACGAUGAUUCGGAUGGAGACAAUGAGUCAGAGGAAUUCCUCUAUGGAGUCCAGGGGACCUGUGCAGCGGAUCUGUACCGACACCCGCAACUGGAUGCCGACAUUGAGUCGGUGAAGGAGAUCUACAGCGAGAACUCUGUGUCCGUCAGAGAAUAUGGGACCAUUGACGACGUGGACAUCGACCUCCACGUCAAUAUCAGCUUCCUGGAUGAGGAGGUGUCGACGGCCUGGAAGGUCCUACGGACCGAACCCAUUGUCCUGAGGCUGCGGUUCUCCCUCUCCCAGUACCUGGAUGGACCCGAGCCAUCGAUCGAGGUUUUCCAGCCGUCUAAUAAGGAGGGGUUUGGCUUGGGUCUUCAGCUGAAAAAGAUCCUGGGAAUGUUCACGUCCCAGCAAUGGAAACACCUCAGCAAUGAUUUCCUGAAGACCCAGCAGGAGAAGCGGCACAGCUGGUUCAAGUCAAGUGGCACCAUCAAGAAAUUCCGAGCAGGCCUCAGCAUCUUCUCUCCCAUCCCCAAGUCUCCCAGCUUCCCCAUCAUCCAGGACUCCAUGCUGAAGGGCAAACUGGGGGUGCCAGAGCUCCGCGUCAAUCGCCUUAUGAACCGUUCCAUCUCCUGCACCAUGAAGAACCCCAAGGUGGAGGUGUUCGGCUACCCCCCCAGCACCCAGGUUGGCGGCCAUUGCAAGAACAUCCCCACACUGGAGUACGGAUUUCUUGUCCAGAUAAUGAAGUAUGCGGAGCAGCGGAUCCCCACCCUGAACGAGUACUGCGUAGUGUGCGACGAGCAGCACGUCUUCCAGAACGGAUCCAUGCUCAAGCCGGCUGUGUGCACGCGGGAGCUGUGCGUCUUCUCCUUCUACACCCUGGGGGUGAUGUCUGGCGCAGCGGAGGAGGUGGCCACGGGAGCAGAGGUGGUGGACCUGCUUGUGGCCAUGUGCCGGGCUGCCCUGGAGUCCCCGCGCAAGAGCAUCAUCUUCGAGCCGUAUCCCUCCGUGGUGGACCCCAGCGAUCCCAAAACACUUGCCUUUAACCCCAAGAAGAAGAACUAUGAGCGUCUGCAGAAGGCCCUGGACAGCGUGAUGUCAAUCCGGGAAAUGACCCAGGGCUCGUAUCUGGAAAUCAAGAAGCAGAUGGACAAGCUGGACCCUCUGGCACACCCUCUCCUGCAAUGGAUAAUCUCCAGUAACAGAUCUCACAUUGUCAAGCUGCCUCUCAGCAGGCAGCUGAAAUUCAUGCACACCUCACACCAGUUCCUCCUGCUGAGCAGCCCCCCAGCCAAGGAAGCCCGGUUCCGCACAGCCAAGAAACUCUACGGGAGCACCUUCGCUUUUCAUGGAUCUCACAUUGAGAACUGGCAUUCCAUCCUACGCAACGGGCUGGUCAAUGCGUCCUACACCAAACUGCAGCUGCAUGGAGCAGCCUAUGGCAAAGGCAUCUAUCUGAGCCCCAUCUCCAGUAUUUCCUUUGGAUACUCAGGGAUGGGGAAAGGACAACACAGGAUGCCCUCAAAGGAUGAGCUCGUCCAGAGAUAUAACCGAAUGAACACCAUCCCUCAGACUCGAUCCAUCCAGUCCCGGUUCCUACAGAGUCGGAAUCUAAACUGUAUAGCACUUUGUGAAGUGAUCACCUCGAAGGAUCUCCAGAAGCAUGGGAACAUCUGGGUGUGCCCGGUCUCGGACCAUGUCUGCACCCGUUUCUUCUUUGUGUACGAAGACGGACAAGUAGGAGACGCCAAUAUAAACACUCAGGACCCCAAGAUCCAGAAGGAAAUCAUGCGUGUGAUCGGAACUCAGGUCUACACAAACUGA